AUGCACCGCAACCAAGCACAAGAGACGGUCUCCAAGCAGCGACGAACAUGUCAUGAGGUUCCAACAGCUUUUUGCCCAAAGAGCAUCACAGAUGCAAAACAUGUGUCAGCUGUAAAGAACUGUGUGUCCAGGAGCGACAUCGUGACGAUCCCAAACACCUGCCGUGGGUCCGUUCCUUCUACCUGUCGACCAGACGCGGCAUUGGUUGCAUCCGUUGGUGGGUCCGUUCCAAAGAUGGCCGAUGCAGUUGAGCCAUUGGCACAAGAAGUCUUUAAGCAGAGGUCUCUCGGUUGGAAUUCAGGAGGUCCCAGUGGAGAUUUGAAGCUUCGAAACAUCACCCCGGGCGUGACGCGAUGGCCCGACCUGUCGUUGUACGAACUGGCCAAGGAGAAUGAGAACAAACCGGUGGAGGCCAAGCCCGAGGCCGUGACCAGCGGCGAUACCGUGCUGGAGGGCAUGCUGAACGAUUUGCUGGCGGCACUGCGCAAGGAGCAGCCCCAGGAUCCGCUCUCCAAGGAGAAGGUCGACCAGGCGACGGCGGCGGCCGAAGCAGAGGUGAAGAAGACUGAGACCGUCCCCAGCCCCACGAGCACCACAGGUCCUCUCGUUGCAGCCGAGCCUGACCAACCGAAGGCUGGCUAUGGCGGCCCUUCAGCAGGCCUUUUGGCGGCUGUGCAACGAGCGAGCGAGAUGAUCAAAGGCGUUUCGGGGAGAGCCUGGUCCGGAGUCAUGGCUUCCCAUAGACGGCCCUAGACAUCGAUAUCUCUCGACAGCCCUCCCUUGGACUUGGAGUGCAGAGUUCCAUUUUCUUUGCAGGCACGUGGUGACCAAUGGGUGGGGUCUUUGUGUCAAUGGGUGCAUUUUUUAAGGCCGGGUUUUGUGUCGGCUGUGGUGUGCAGUGACGCCCCGAACACAGCAUGGUGACCAAUGGAUGGUACAGGCAACAAAGAAAGAAACGCUUUACAAAGCAGGUGGGUUUUGGUCAACAUCCGUCAGCCAAGGACCAGGAGUUUCCCACUCAUGUUCAGUGGCAGUGAAACAACAAAUGC